GCUUCUUGUUGACGGUUAUGCAAAGUUAAGUUUUGUAUCCGGAAGAUCACACGCGACAUAGUUGUGGAGAAUGGAAGGUGCAGAGGAGAGGCCUGACUAUGUGCUAGUGUACGAGAAGGAGGAGGAUGGGAAUGGCCAGCUUCACGCUGAGCAGAGAUUGGACUUUCUGAGGGAGGUGAAAAAGACUGGACUUCUCCUGGAUCCUGAUGUGACUGACGCAGCAGGGACUGAGGGACGAGGAAGCACGGAGAUGGGAGACCAACAGCAGAGGCAGGAAGACAAAACUCAGAUUAUUAAAAUCUAUGCACCGUUUGAGGUCCUCAGCCAUGCAGCGGAGAAGAUGAGACUGAAGUUGCCGUUGGCGAAGCUAAGAAGACUCAGAGGACAAAAUUUGGACCGCGGGUUAAUUCGGAAGAUCAAAGUCUUGAGAACGAUUGAUGACUUUCGAAGAAAAUGUGUGUCAAAUGUGCAAAAUUAUUUUGAAACAGACAAGGAAGAAGACUAUUACAGUGCACCUUAUAGACAUGACAAACAAGAUCUGUUCAAAGGAAUUGACCAAAAGGCCACAUUUUUUCGUCCUGCCGUGAGAUCUCUAAUUGUUCAUCACAUUCUGAAUCAUAUCCAAACACUCACUGAUGAACAAGACGAGAAAGGAGAACCUAAUCAAGGAACAGAAAUGCAUUUACUUUUGCAAAGUUCUAAAGAGAAAGAUUAUGAGAAAGAAGGUGGAGAGGAAGAAGAUGGAGCAAAAGAAAGUGUUCCCACUUUACCGAUCUUGUUAGUGAAGAAAGUAUUUACAUCAGCCUAUACACUGCAUGAAGGACCCAAAUCCAUACGUGAAGAGAAAACACUGAGAAAUUGUAGUAAGCAGAAUCUACACAACAGUUGGAACGAUCUCCUUAAUCUAUGGGCUAGAACCUACAGAUUGCAGCCAUUGUGGAAGAUUAGAAACUACUUUGGAGAAAAAGUUGCAUUUUAUUUUGCUGUGAUGGAACUCCUUUUACUACAGUUAAUUUUACCUGCGUCCAUUGGUUUGGUUGUUUUCAUGUUUGGCCUUUAUCGCAGUGUAUUAUGUUACAAUGCCCAUAAAGACAUGAACUCAUUCUUAUUUGGAUAUAAUUGUAGCAUCAUCUGUUCAACUCCAAAUAUAGCCUCAGAAGUGGCAGAUAAGGCAUUGGAUCCAAUCAGAGGCAUCUGUGACAAUGUUGCUCAAAGGAGAAGGAAUAUUGAACACAUUCUGAAUAAGACUUGUACCACUGAAGCCCACAAUGAUUGCGUUUUUCAGGUCCCUUCAGAUGAUACUGUUGAAUUUCUCAAGUCCUCCUUUGACAAUGCUGCUACACCAAUAUUUGGGUUUUUUAUCUGCAUUUGGGGUACGAUAUUUUUGGAAAAGUGGAAAACGAAGAAUGCAGAACUAAUAUACGAAUGGGAUAUUGAAAAUUAUGAAAACGAUGAACUAGUCAGGCCUCAGUUUUAUAGAACAAAACGAGAUAGAAUUGAUGCCUUUUUCCCAGACUACAGACGACGACUGAAAUUUGCACUUUCACUUUCAGUUGGGAUUGUAAUGGUGGGCUGUGUAUUCAUCAGUGUCUUGGCAGUGGUAAUCUAUAAAACCUGGGUUAGAUUUCGAGUGACAACAUCUGAUUCUCUUGAAAACUUCUUCUUAACUACUGUUAUUAGCUCAUUAUUCAAUGCAAUAUCCAUUAUAGCUCUGGGAAAGGGGUAUCAGAAACUUGCGGUUAUAAUGACUAACUGGGAAAACCACAGAACUCAGACUGCAUACAAUGACGCUCUGAUUAUCAAGUUAUUUGCCUUUGAGUUUGCCAACAAUUAUUCACCUCUCUUUUAUAUUGCAUUUCUCAGAACGAACAAUGAACAAUUUUUCACACAAAUUGGUUUGCCUGGCUUGGAGGAUAAUUGUGGAGAACUGAACAAUUGCAUGACAGAACUUUGUUUUCAAGUUCUAAUACUGAUGAUCACCCACCCACUUCCAAAGUUUCUGAAAGAUGUUAUUGUACCGUGGGGAAGUCAUCUGCUAAGCAGAUUCUGUGGUAAUGCAAACAAAGGAUCCCAUCAAAAAGAAUACAGUACAGUGGAUGACUAUAUUCUCAGGGACUAUAACAAACCUGACCUUGGCGACUUCACACUGGAGGAGUACACCGAAAAAGUCAUACAAUAUGGUCUCCAGAUGCUUUUUGCUGUCUCAUUCCCACUGGGACCAUUCAUUUUCUUCUUAACCAUACUUUUUGAUAUACGCUUGGAUGCUAAACGACUGUUAUUAAUGUACAAACGUCCCAUCGCUGACAUGGCUCAAGAUAUUGGUCACUGGUAUACAAUAUUGGAUCUAAUAAAUAAUGUAGCUGUGGUGACCAAUGGCUGCAUCAUUGCAUUCACUUCAGAAUGCGGGAGGGAGAAGCUCUUAUAUGAAAAACUCAUCAUCCUGAUUUUGUUUGAGCAUCUUGUGUUUGUAUUUAAAUUUCUGCUGUCAACUUGGAUGCCAGAUGUUCCUCCGCACAUACGCCAGGCCAUAAAGGAGGAAAAAUACAUAGCACAAAAAGAAAUGGAAAAUGAUGAAAAGGCAAGACAAUGUACGCAGGAGAAAACAGACUUAAACGUAAACAUCACUGAGGAGAUAUCUGAUCUGCACUGAAGUUGAAUAAAUAAAAGGCUGUUAGUGAAAGUUGACAUGAUGCUGUCAAAUUUAAAUAUGUGUGAUGCAUACAAAAUGACCAAAAAAGUCUAAAAUACUGGAGAUAUACAAUAAUGUGGCUUGGUCCCCAACUGCUAAAGCCACAGGCAGUGAGGAAUCCUGUCUGUCUCCUGCACAAGAUGGAAAAUAAAGUUUUGCUCACCUCAGGGAUAGUAAGAGCUGCUGAUGUUGGAGUCAGAGAUAACACAGGGAGCUGGAGGAACACAGCAGGCGAGGCAUCCAUCCAGAGGAAUGGAAAAGUUUACAAAAGUUGAUACUCCUGGAGAAGGGUCCUGACCUGAAAGGUCAACUUUCCUGCUCCUCUGCUGCUGCCGGGCCUGCUGUGUUCCUCCAGCUCCACACUGUGUUAGCUUUGCUUUUUUUGGUGUGCAUUGUCUGCAAGUGACACCUCUUUUGGAUUCUGAUUGGCUGGCUAUAUGUUUCCUGUAUUUGUUACUUCAUACAUGCAUAUUUUAAUCAUGUGAAAAUGAGCUGCUUCAUUUCAGCAAAAUUACAAAUUAGGUUAGGUGAUAUACUGAGAUAGAAUCUUUCAACAAGUAUGUAAAGUAAGUGUUUGUGAUGCCAGUUUAAGAAAUCAUGUUUGAUGCAAAUUCAAUCAAUAUGAAUGUAACCAUUAUGUAAAAAAUGGCUUGAGUUGCUGGGUGCAUUGUAAAUAUGUUCUGAAAGAUUUCUUCUGGUCAGUAUUUUUCAUGACCAUCAGCAUGGUUUCUGAGCAGGAAGUAUUAGACUUGCAAUUACACAGCAAACUUCCCCUGUUCUAAAAGAAAUGUUACAGAGAUGUUUCAGGAGGACCAAGCCUCCACCACUUACGAUUCCUUGAGAGAUACCAAGUAAAGCAAAUGAUCCGAAACACUUUACGAUGGUAAUGCACAUUAAAAACCAGAGCAAUUCAUUCAGAGUGGUUGUCAUUCAUGAUCCGAUAUCUGUACCACAACUAAGAUCGUCUGCCUUCACCUCAGUAUCAUUGCCAGCUCUGCCCCUGCUCAGCUCCACUGUUUCUGAAACCCUUAUCUAUACGGAAUACCUUCAGACUUGACUGUUCCACAGUUCAAUUGGCCUGUCACCUGUAUUCUACCCUCCCUACCCUAUUUCAUACCUAACUCUCCCUAAACAUAAAGUCAUCCAAAACUCCCCUGCAUAUGUCCUAAUUUUCACCAAACGUUGUUCACCCAUUUCUCUCCACUACAUUUCAAUGUAUGUCAAAUCAACACUGACUUUAACACCUCAAUUUUUAAAUAUUAUUGCUCAUUUACAAAUCCUUCCAUGACCUUACCUAUCCUUAUCUCUUUCACCACCUCUCAACUCUACAAUCUUCUGAGAUACCUGCGCUUCACCAAUUCAGCCCAAGAGAUCACCUCCAGUUUUACUUGCUCCAACAUUGAUGACUGUAACGUCAGCUGCCCAAAGCCCUAAGUUCUCUAUAUCUACAUCAAACUAACACCUCUUCCACCUUGUUUCUCUUCUGUAUAGGUCUUCUAAAAAACCUACCUCUUGGGUCAAGUUUUUUGUCAUUUGCUUUAAUAUCUUAUGUGGAUCAGUGGUAAAUCUAGUUUGUUAAUAUUCUUGUGAACUGCUUUGAGAUAUUUUGCUUCAUUAAAGGUGCCAUAUACUGCAAAGAGUUGUUAAAAGGAAAUAAUUCUGUGCCCAAACCCCCAUUGCUGGGUAUGAUUGUUAACAUCACCACUAAUGGAGAUUUUUUGGCAUCUGUGACAUGGCCAAGUACAUUUUUAUUGAUUUUAAACAUGUGUUAUGUUGAAACCAGAUCGUGCUCUGUUUAUGUAUAACAAGGUGUGGAGCUGGAUGAACACAG